GUGUUUCACUACAUACAGUGGCGCGGAAAAGACGGCAAGGAUGCUCUGCAAGUGGUCGAGGAGAUGGUGGAAAAAGCUUCAUUGCCCCACCUUAACAAGAGUGCUCCUGACGAGGGUGAGUUGUACCCAACUCCGCGCCUGAAAUCGCUUUAUUGCAUGUUGCAUAGCGUCGUUCCCUCCACCGAACGCCGACCUGCCGGCCCGCUGCACCGAGCAGUCAGGAGCGAAAACGCCGAGCACGUGCGGGUCUUGUUGGACUGGGGCGUUGAAGACAAAUGGAAGGACCGCGACUUUCCGAAACUCACUGCCGCGGAGGAAGCGAAAGAGCGUUGGCACCUGUUCCCGACAGAUGAAAGCGCCAGGAAAGUCUGCCUUUUGCUGAACCCAGGCAUAAAUUUGGAUGCUUGCCGUGAUUCCCCCGCGGGAGCCGGAGAAGAUACAACUAGCGGCUUCCGGAGCAUCACAAAAAACUCCUUUGCCUGGCGGUGCAUGAACGAAAACGUGAAUGCUGACGAGGACGAGGAGUGCGAUUUCAAAUCGCCACGAUCGUCUCUACUCUCCGACGAUUGCAGCAUCUCGUCCGGGGCGUCUACCGUUGAAACAAAUCCUGGCGUCAGCAGUGAAGAGAAAGAACAAGAAGACGUGGCGGAACUUCUAUCUUCAGGCGACAAAAAAAUAUUCGCACGCCUGUCGGGAUAGGGGUAGAAAGGGUGUGUUUGAACACGACACGCAAAACAGAUAUAGAUAUACGGAUAAACUACAAAAAAGUACAAUGAUUUAGACUUGAUUCGUUCAACUUUAUGCUCGUGCCAUCAUGUACAAUUUUUAUACACAUAGUUCAUGAUAUACAAUUUUCAAUCUUUGUUCGAGACCGAGAGCGGAAGCAUUUUGUCAACAGCAUUCACAUUCGAUGUCUAUUGCAGGGAGUGCACAGUGGCGGCAACCCUAGAGAGGAAAACCCGCCACACCCGUGCGAAGCCCCACGGAGGGCACUCGCACCUGCAAAGCUGUGACACUUAAUUUUCUCUCGCACGUCAGAUGAUGAUGAAGUUCUUAUUCUUAACAAAAAGAUUGCUAAAAGAGCACGCAUGUUUUAGAUUUUGUUUCUAAUUUUUAGCCUUCACGAUGCCUGCGCUGUCGACCUUGUCUUGUGGUAUGCUUUAUCGCUGCACCGAUGUCUGCGCUGUCGAAUUUGUUAUGAACCCGCUCGAGUCGGGCCCUAGGUUCGAGCGACUGAUUGAUAUGCUUUGCGCUGCAAUCGGUGUUAUUCGCUUUUUCUUUCUUCGUGCUAUAACAUGCGUCACUUUCCCGUUUUCCUUGCAAGGUCCAUAACCAUACAAAUGUAAAUUUAUUCUCUGGAGUUUUCUAAAACAUUAUUUCUGCCCCAAGCUGAUCCACAAGCAGUAGUGUCGCCCGGCACUGCUGCCAAGUACUGGAACAGCUUUGUCUCUUGGUUCUAUCGAUUCGCUCUUCCAAUCUCCCCUUUCCUGGCACCAACAAGUUUCG